AUGGCUACAGCAAGCUCAACCACAAAAACGCGCUAUGUCGCGUCGACAUUCCCCGAAAACCCUCUGCCGACCUCCGACUUCAGUCCCCCGGCGUCUUGCUCUGGCGUUUACCUGACAAACAACGUCUUCGCCAUCGAUAACGACCUAGCAUGUCUCCCCAACAAGUGGAACGGCGCCAGCACGGCGUUUUACUCCCCAGGCACAGCGUGUCCGACUGGCUACACCGCGCAGCCUCAAUGCUCUAGAAACGGAGGCGUACGGACCGUGACGACCGUCACCUGCUGUCCCUACCGCGCGGGCAUCACCCUCUCGUGCGUGGAGAAUGAUUUGACGUUAGCCGGGCCAUGGGAGACGCAGUUCUGCACGUGGAUGGCGGGCCCGGCGACGGUCGUCGAGUAUAGCAUUAGCAGAAGCGGAAGCGUGGAAAGGAAAGCAGCUACGAUGAGCAAUCGCGAUGGAAUCAACGCCUGGGGAAUCAGGAUGGUGUACCAGGAGAGUGACCUCGUCCCCAGUUUGGUGUCCGCGACGACGACGAUGGCAACGACUGGGACCGGAACUGCAACGGGAAUUGCAGGUACAACUGCGACGGGAGCGGUGACCGGAACGGCGACUACCUCCGCAGCGACGAGUAUUAGCACCGGCGAUAGUAGCUCAGAAUCAAGCUCGGGGCUUUCAUUAGGCGGCAUCAUCGGCGUUGCCGUCGCCGUGCCGGUUGUCUUCAUGGCGGCGCUGGCAGGAUUGUUCUUCUGGUGGAGGAAAAGGAAGCACGCCUACGCCGGUGUGCAGCAGCCCACCCCCAGCGACACGAAUGAUCCAUCUGUUACGCAGCAGAGCGCGUACACGUACCAAGGCAGCAACUAUCAGGGCAGCAGCUACCCGGCGAGCGAAAUGGCGGGAGGAAGCAUUGCCGGAUAUUACCAGAACGACAAGGUGCUGAUGAACCCCGGGCAGGCGGGUGCGGGACAGCACCAGCAGUUUAAAGCGUAUCCUCAUGUUGUGCCUGCGGAGUUGCCGGUUGGACAUGGGCCGGCGGAGCUGGAUGGUGGAGGCAUGGGAGGUAACAGGCAGAGCUAA